AUGACGGACCCACCUUCAUCGACUGAUCCUCAGGUCUUCCUGUGUGUUGACGAGUCAUUUACAUCGACUCAGAAACAUGAACCUACGGCUGACUCUCUACAUGUCGAUGCCAUUGAUACUCCGGUGCUCCCUGCCGAGCCGGAGUCUGUGGCUGUUACAUGUGCCGAUCCAAUCGAUACUCCAUUGUCUCCUGCUGAGCGUAUCACCGUUACACGCGGUGAUUCAAUUGAUGCUCCAUUUCUCCCUGCCGAGUCGGAGUCUGUGAAUGUUACGCUUGAGCCGAUCAAAUCACUCCAUAUCAGUCAAGACCAGUCCAAGGCAUCCCUUUCAAAUGGCAACACGAGUAUCAAGUCCGAGAAAGCAACUGAUUCACUCGAUCAGUCCGCUACCGAUAUAUCCCCACCGGGCCAACACGUGGAUAGUCAGGUCAAGAUUGAGCUAAUCUCGCUUCUUGAACCCUCGGAGGAAGAGAGCCCUUCCCAAGGUGCGAUCAACGAGGUGACCAAGGGUCCAACUUCAAAACAUCCGGAACGGGUCAGAUCAAUUGUCACUCGAUCCAUGGCCAAAGUACAGUCGUCAAUCAAAAAAGAGCGAGACAUUAAGCAGCAGCCUGGUGUGCCGGACACAGGGCAGGUUCGGCCACCAUUCAGCUUCCUGAAACCCCCUCAACCAGUGCCAAUUAUCACUACGGCGGGGCCAAAGAGGAAGCAGGUACCAGUGGUAAAUCUGGAAGAAGAGCCCGUAGACGGCAAAAAGGCAAGUCCUAAGGUAGAGGGUGGCAAAUCCGAGGCACCUGAUGCAUUCUCUGAAUUGAUCAUCAUUGAAGAUGACACCGAUGAUGAGGAUCAAUAUUCCAAAUCUCAAGUUGAGACGGCCAAAGCAUCGACAUGCCCCAGUGGUCUCGCAACUUCUUUAGUCAAAUAUACGUAUCUAAAGUCGUCACACUUCCCCCGUUGGGUAGGAGCUAAAACUUUGUUCGAUUGUCGCUCAGACGGUGGACGACUGUGGAAAUUCUUUGUCUUUUAUGGCGCUGGUCGCCCUUUUCCCGCGCAUCUCAUGAAGAUGCUCCAGGAAUGGCAUAAUUUUCAUCCAGAUGUUCAGGCUCCAUGCUCGAAUACAUCGUUCAGGGGGAAUUAUUCAAGGGCUUCCUCAACUGAAUUGACACGCCAAGUUUUCAGUGAGAGCGGAGAGGAGCUGUGUCUUUGUAUUUACCGUGUCGGUAUGGAUAUACGCUUCCUGCAUAGGGAAUACUUUGCGGCUGUUAUCUUCUCGGAGAAAGACCAGCCUCGGUUAGUUCGAUCCUCAAAAGCACUCCAAGUUCAGACUUGUGAUACAUUUGAAAUGAAAGGGGCCCCGAGAGUGACGCGGCUGGAUUACUUCGUCACUUGGCUAGGAGUGAAGAAAGGCUGGGAGUCUGAAGUUUGUGCGGUUGAAACGAAAUCGAAAGAGCGCCUAGAAUUUGACCCUGAGCUUUUCAAGGCAGCCCAUGCGCAUAAGGGCUGUCAUAUUCUGACCACAUUGGAGCACAAUGCGUCUCCCUGA